GGGAUCAGUUGAACUCUACUCGCAUCUUUCUUCACUCUUUGUUGUCCACUCUUUGCCGAAUCCUAUAGUUUUCGCUGCAAGUUUUGCUUCGCCUCUGCGGGAAGUUUUAUUUUGUAUGAAUCCAACUGAGUAAACUUACUAGGAUGGUGUAUGGUGUCGAUAGGAUUAGUCGUCUUCCCUGCGAUGUUAUAGACAAAAUUCUUGUGCAUAUGCCUUUGCGUGAUGCUGUGAGGACGAGCGCACUGUCGUGGGAGUGGAGAUAUAAAUGGGUAACUAUUCCAGACCUUGUUUUUGAUCAAAAUUUGAAAGGAUUGUUGAAUGGGAACGACGAUCCUGAAUCAAUAGUCGAUCGAACUUUGUUGCUUCACAAAGGAGCCAUUACCAAGUUCUCAAUCACGGAUAGUUGGAUCAAAAGCCGUUCUGCCGUCAGCAGCUGGCUAUUUAUCUUGUCGGAUCGUGGAAUUAAUAGCCUCGAGUUUCUAUUUCCUUGCAAGAACUCUCUGCAGCCGACGAUAAUUCGGCUCGUUACUUUUAAUCAUCUCAAACAUUUGUACAUUGGUAAUGAUUGUGAAGUAAAGCUUUCGCCUUUGUUUAGAGGAUUUAACCGUCUUGCUCGACUGGAACUUGUCGGCGUCAAUAUUAAGCUUCAAGUGUUGGAAAUUCUUCUUUCUAAAUGUCCGAUGCUUGAGUACUUGAAUCUGAAGAUUCAUGUUGAUGUUGGUGAUGAUGAGAUGAAAGAGCUUCCGAACAAGCUCAAUUUUCUCACUGUUCUAGAAAUUGGCGAAAUCGACUUUGGAUGGGUGGAAAGUGUUGCAGUUCUUAUUACCUUGAUUAAAAGCUCUCCCAAUUUGCAGUCUCUUAAAAUUAGUAGCGACACCUAUUACAAUGAGAAUUGUGUUAAGGAAUAUCUGAAGGAACAACGAACUUUAAAUGUUCGUCUCAAGUGCCUUGAAUAUGUGAAUAUCCACGUCGUGAUGGGUUAUCCGGCGGAGAUGGAAUUCGUGAAGAAUCUUUUGAAGUUGGGAAAUGCACUUAAGAAAGUAGAAAUGGAUUCUCCUUUAAGCAGUACCGAUCUUGAUGUAAGCUCUAUGUUGGAAGAGUUUGCCAGCUUUCAACGAGCUUCUUCGUCGUCUAAAGCAGAAAUCAUAGUUAACACCAGAUACUUUGGAUUCUGAAAAGCUCGAAGUUGUUUGUGGAAAUUUCUCGGCAAUUCUCGACACAAUCUGGUUUUGAUUUUGAACUUAUAUAUUUUGUCUCUGUUUAUGUGUAUAUAAUGCAACACCCGCUGGCUAGUUCGACUUGUUUUGCUUAUAUAUCUCUGUUUUUGCUUUUUCUUAUUUAUGAUCCGCGGCGCAUUGUUCUAUAUAUCUGCAAUUAAAUCCGGAUCAAGAACUUAUUAUAAGAUAACUCCGGAAUGUAGCUAUCAGAUGAUCAAUCCAACUAUGCCUGUUCAGUUCCGGAGAUCGAUCGACACCGGACCUUGAGUAUCAAGGUUAGUUCCAAUCCAUAUGUUGC